AUGGGCGGGUCCGGGUUAGGAAAUGUGAACCGCAGGAACCCUAACCCUCCCACUAAUAAUAACAAAACGACAACGUUUCAUAUUAGGUUUUUAGUAGUUGUUGUGCAUUCCCCGUCUUUCAUUUUCAUUACCAUCCAAAUCUCUAACAAGUCGCCGCCGGAUACACACCUUCACCUUCAUCCAUCCCCUCAACCCACACCACCACCAACCUUAAAAACUACCCACCACCACCAUAUUCAAAUUAUGGAGCAAGGACUAAAUCGUAGGCAAGGAGUUACAAAUAAGAAAAUAUAUCUUGGAAUAGGUUCAUGUUUUGUUUUCAUGUCUCUUUGCAGAUCAAGAGUGGUUCCUGUUCCACUGAGUUUCUCCAUAAUAUGCAAAAGUUUGCUUCUUGGGGUAAUAAGAUGUGGAUCUCAGAUUUUGGGGUAUAUUAGUAUUAAUUAUAGUUCUCCAACACUUGCUUCAGCAAUUGGUAAUCUGGUACCUGCUUUCACUUUCACGCUAGCUGUCACUUUCAGGAUGGAAAAGUUAGCUAUAAAGAGUAGAAGUAGCAAUGCUAAGGUAAUGGGAAGCAUAAUAUCAAUAGCAGGUGCUUUUGUCUUGACUUUCUACAAAGGAAAAUCCAUCUUGAAUUCCUCAUCACUUCAUCAAUCAAAUGAAUUUCUCAAGUCAGUGGAUUCAAGUUGGGCCAUUGCUAGCAUUAUGCUAAUAGUGGACUAUUUUCUAGUUUCUCUAUGGUACAUUUUACAGGUACAUAUCUUGAAGGAGUUCCCAGAUGAACUAAGUUUAGUCUUGUUAUACUCCAUUAGUGCAACCAUAAUAUCAACAUUUGUAGCUUUGUUAUCAGUUUCAAAUGCAAGUGCUUGGAAAAUAGGACUAAAUCUCUCACUCAUCUCUAUUGUUUCCUCUGUAAGUUGUAUUGCAAAUAGGACUAAAGGAUUGAGCAUUGCAUUUGAAACUGCUCUUUACUGCAAACAAGUUCUUUAGCUUGUUCUUUUUGUUUAACUUAUAUUUAUAUGUAUUUUUUUAGAUUGAAGAAAAAGAGUCUCCAUUGGUUCUAUAUUGAUGAGUAAUUCAAUUGUAAAUUAAUUAAUUCCCAUUAAUUUUUUUUUUGCUUUUGAUUUGUAUUA